CUUCUGUGUUAACCGCGAGCUCCCCCUGCAGGCGCCUCCACGUCAUUGCAGCAUCAGUCCACAGUUUCACGUCGUUUAUCAGCGUAGACUGCAGCACAGAGGCCGCUCUUGCUGUGUCAACACACGACAAAGAAACAGUUGCUCAACAGUUCUAUUUAGAUUUAUCAUUUUUUAAAGUUAAUUUGCGUGUUUAAGCUGCUACCUGGACUGGUGUAAGCGGGCAACUUCACAGAUGACCCAUAAACGACAUGGGCCAGCUGCUGUCAUCAGAAGAAGACCUCUCCAAGGUCAAACAGGCCGUUGGCUCGCUCCUCUACCAGAGGAUGCUAGAGGGCGGAGCCAUACCUGACCUCGGUGUGGUGCACCCUCUGCUGCUCACCAGUCAGGACGAGGACUCCAGGUCUCGCCUACAGGAAGAACUACUGCAGCUGCAGGGCCACAUCAGCGACAAGGCGCCCACCUACCUGAGGGAUCUGAUUGGACGGCUGUCUUCAUUCUCAGAUGAGCCGCGCCUGGCCGGCCUCCUGGGGUUGGCGGUCGCCAUGGUGAUGGACUUGGUCUACAUGUCGUCCAAGCAGCCGUCCGCCGGGGGGAAAGGGAAGGCGUCGGGGUCGUCGUCACGCCAGAGAGUGUGGGAGCUCCAGGAGCUGAUGGAGGAGUACUUGAAGCGCUGCAGGAUGAACCUGAGCAACAAGACUCGACUGGUCCAGGACUUCUUGAGACUGGAGGGCCAGCUCAGCCUCACGGUGACCCAGCUCAAGACCUGCCUGCUGGGGGGGGAGUGCGACUCCAGGUCUCUGCGGUUCUGGGCCAGCGGGGCAGCGUUCCACACCCAGAUGCUGGUGCACCUGGCUGGCAUGGAGGGGCAGCAAGAGCCCCUGGCGGCAAGAGCCGUGCUGGAGCAAUACAAGGAGGACCUGACACAGAUGGUUCCUGCCUACAGGCGGUAUAAGUCCAAGGCAGUGUCGGUGGUGAAAAGUCGAGGUGGUCUCCCAACGCCGUGCGAGGGACCCGAGGAAGGGUCCAUGACGGGACUCACGCUCACCGACAGAGAGACGGGAAAGAGUGUGAGCAUCGCUCUCGCCGCCCUGCAGGCCGAGAUAGCGUCCGCGCCCACCUCCUUUAACCCGGACCUGGUCACCUCGGAUCAGUACUCCCAGGCCUACGUGGAGCAGCUCUUCUCCGAAGGAGGACCCGUGGCACAGCUGCAGGACUACUUCGACAAGGCCAGCCGCAAGCUGGGAGUGCUCAGAACCGCGCCCCUAUGUCCGUCUUCUAAGGCGCGUGGCGGCCAGGAGGCGCUCUCCGACCCCGAUGUCCCCGCUGAGGGCACACAUGAAGGACCUCAGACGUCAGAAAGAAGCGAGAGAGAUGAAGAUUUGAAGUUGAGUAUUGUGGAAACAAAUAUUACACCCCAAAAGUUGUAAUACUACUAAAAUAUGAUAAUACUUUGCCCAACUGACACUUGAUGACUUGUUUGCAUCCACUCCAGACCAAAUACUAUCAUUUUUAUGACAGCAGAUGUUUAUUCAUGACUGCUUUUUUCUGUUGUGGGCACAUUUCAAUACAAAAUGCUCUGUUUUCAACAAUAAUGUGUUAUUUUAUACCAGGGGUGUCCAAACUUUUUCCACUGAGGGCCGCACACUGAAAAAUUAAAGCAUGUGGUAGCCAUAUUGGUAUUUUUC